UUUUUUAAAUAGGCGGAGAUUAUUGUGGUAUCGAUGUUUGCGACUGCUGACAGCGGGGGACUCGUAGUCCAAGACUUUUUCCCCCUCGAUAACGACAUCAGUCGUCUAUUGGGUGUUCAAACGCCGUUUUUCUACCUCCUGACGAAACCGGAAUGCGUUGAAUCGAAAUCUGGCAAGAUGGUGAAGCAAAGAGUCAUGCGGGACUUCGUUGGCCUGGAGGCAAAGGACAAAAGCGUGCGGGACGCGAUGAUGAAUUUCUCCUACUUUUUAUGCAUUGGAAACAUGGACGAAGCGUUCAAGGCCAUCAAAACCAUAAAGAGUGAAACCGUGUGGGAGAACAUGGCCAAGAUGUGUGUGAAGAGCAAGCGACUGGACGUGGCGGCCGUGUGUCUGGGCAACAUGGGCCACGCUCGCGGCGCCCGUUGCCUCAGGGAGAUGUCUGUGGACUCGGGCGGGAAGCAGUUGCCGCUGGACGCCCGGGCAGGUGUGCUGGCCCUGCAACUGGGCAUGGUGGACGAAGCUGAGCGGUUGUUUCGGGCCUGUGGCCGCUUCGACUUGCUCAACAAGGUUUAUCAGGGGUCCAAUCGUUGGGCCGAGGCCCUGGACACUGCGGCAGACGUGGACCGAAUCCACCUCAGGACCACUUCUUUCAACUAUGCGAGACACUUGGAAGCUCAGGGCGAUAUAAGCGGAGCCAUAAACUACUUCGAAAAAUCCGAUACCCAGCGCUUUGAGGUUCCUCGCAUGCUGUUCGAUGACCCCGCCGCGUUGGAAGCAUACGUCGUGCAAUCAAAAGAUCCGUGAGUUAAA